UGAGACACACACCGAGGAACUCGUCUGCCUUCUGCUAGGAUGCUGGAAUAACACAGAAUCUACACGGUAUCUAACAUCCAGCCCGUAUUUAUCUGGAAGAUGUCUGGGAAACUCGAAAGUAAACAAGACUCCCAGCGCUCCAACCUACAAACCUUCACAAUGAGGCUAAUAGAUAGAUUUCACUCCCCCAAGCCAAAAAGAGUACAUUCAUCAAAGAAAGCAUCAAAACCUUCGAUAGAGCGAAUUGUCAAGCCUCCUGAAAAGCAAGAAACUAAGCAUCUCAGUCGGUUGGAAGAGAAGGAAAAGGAAGUGGUCAGUGCCUUGCGUUACUUCAAGACGAUAAUUGAUAAGAUGGUGGUGGACCGAAAAGUUCUGGAAAUGCUUCCCGGCUCCGCCAGUAAAGUGUUGGAGGCUAUCGUGCCUGUCGUGCAGAUUGAUCCCAAGAUUCUGAAAAGUUCCUCCGUGUCAUCCUGCCUCAGCCGAGUGUAUCAGAGUCUAGCGAACCUCAUCCGCUGGUCUGAUCAGGUGAUGCUAGAGGGAGUGGACCUGGAGGAGAAGGACACCGUUGCAAACGUUACCAGCAUUAUCAAAGCAGUGCUGGAUGGGGUCAAGGAACUGGUGAAGCUGGUCUUGGAGAAACAGCAGCUCCCCUCCCCAACAUCACCCACAGCCAAAAGUGUCCCAUCAAUCAUCAGCCCAGAGAGUGUUCCAGAGCCUCCUGUUAUAGAGACGGAAGACGAGAGCUCGACAAACUCCUCUGCGCUGAGUCGUUCCACCGAGGCCCUAACUGACGCCCCCUCCGCCGAAGAAGUGGCGCCUCCUAAACCCCCACUCCCUGGCCUCAAAGUGCCCGAGCAUUGUCCACCAGCUCUUCCUCCUAAGAAACGCCAGUCAGCCCCGUCUCCUACCCGAGUCGCCGUUGUUGCUCCGAUGAGCCGUGCCACGAGCGGCUCAAGUCUUCCUAUCGGCAUCUACAGACAGGAUUAUGAUGCCGACGGUUUACAGCGGCGUUUUUCUGGUGGCAGUCACUCAUAUGGUGGCGAGUCGCCGCGCAGCUCUCCCUGCGGCAGCAUGGGUAAACUGAGCAAAUCGGACGAACAGCUGUCUUCUCUCGAGCAGGACAGCGGGCAGUGCUCUCGCAACACGAGCUGCGAGACGCUAGAUACGGCAGAGAGCUACGACCCAGACUAUGACUUCCUCAGAGAGGACUUGUCCAGCAUCGAUCAGAUGUCCCUGCCUGCUGGAAGCUGUCUCAGCCCCCUUCCUGAAUCCCAUCGCGAGCCUUCCUCCUCUGCGUUUCCGGGUCAGAUUCCCUACGGUUCUCCCUCUCUCCAUCACACUCUCGCUCCUCCUCAGAAUGCCCUCAUCACCCCUCCUGCUCUGCCGGAAAAGAAGCGGCGUAGCGGCAACCCUCAGACACCCUUCGACGGCCUGGCGUCCCGAACGCCCUUUGAGCGCUUGCACUCGCACUACGACAACGUCACAGACGAGGAAAUGCCCGUGCCGCCGUUCCCUCUGUUCCCUCUCUUCCCUUCCGUGGUCGGAUAUGGGGCGGAGUUUGUCGUCUCCGAGAAUGCUUCCGUGCCUCAGUCUCCUCCCCCUCUACCUGAAAAGAAGAGCAGACACAUCCUGAAGUACAUGCAGUUCGUGGAGGAUUAUUCGGAACCGCAGCCAUCCGUGUUCUACCAGACGCCGCAGAGCGAGAGCAUCUACGAGCAGCGCAACAGGCUCAUACAGGAAGUGUACGGCUUCAGCGACUCGUUCAGCAGCAGUGACUCUGUGCACGAGCCCCUCCCUCCUCCGGCACUCCCACCCAAACAGAGGCAGCUGGACCCCAACUGCGGCACAGAGGACUCGCUCCAGGAUUCCGUCUCGGACCACAGCAAGGAGACUGAUGACUCGGGCAGCUGGAAGCAGAAGUGCGCAGACUCGGACCUGAGCUCCGAGGAGCUGGAUGAGCUGUCCCUGGUGGAUCAUAAUGAGAUCAUGGCUCGCAUCACACUCAAGCAAGAGAACGAUGAUGGACCAGAUGUCCGAGCAGGAUCGGGGGACAUUUUAUUAGUUCAUGCAACAGAAACGGAUCGCAAAGAUCUGGUUUUAUACUGUGAAGCCUUCCUGACGACGUACAGGACGUUUCUAACCCCAGAGGACCUCAUUAAGAAGCUCCACUAUAGGUAUACUAGAUUUUCUCACAGUUCCGACAACAUUAAGAAGCGAGUCAGCAAAAACACCUUCUUUGUGCUGGUGCGUGUUGUGGAUGAGCUUUGUUUGGUGGAGCUGACAGAAGACAUUCUGAAGCACCUGAUGGACCUGGUGGUCAGUCUCGUGUGUAGCGGGGAGCUCAGUCUGGCCCGCGUCCUUCGUAAGAACGUUCUAGAUAAAGUAGAGCAGAAGAAGCUGCUGAGCUACACUAACUCGAUGAAGACUCUAGCUGCCCGUAGCGUCGCCGCCAGGCCUGGUACUCUUCAUGACUUCCGUAGCCAUGAGAUCGCAGACCAGCUUACUCUCCUGGACGCAGAGCUGUUCUACAAAAUAGAGAUCCCUGAAGUUCUGCUGUGGGCAAAAGAGCAGAACGAAGAGAAGAGCCCGAACCUCACCCAGUUCACAGAACACUUCAAUAACAUGUCUUACUGGGUGCGUUCUUUAAUAAUCCAGCAGGAAAAAGCCCAAGACCGAGAGAAACUCCUGCUCAAGUUUAUCAAAAUCAUGAAGCACUUACGGAAACUUAAUAACUUUAACUCCUACUUGGCAAUACUGUCGGCUCUGGAUUCAGCACCUAUUCGGAGACUGGAGUGGCAGAAGCAAACCUCAGAGGGUCUGGAGGAGUACUGCACUUUAAUCGAUAGCUCCUCGUCAUUCCGGGCCUACAGAGCAGCCUUGGCAGACGUCGAGCCUCCCUGUAUACCGUACCUGGGUCUCAUCCUUCAGGACUUAACUUUUGUGCACCUCGGGAAUCCGGACUUCAUCGAAGGGAAGGUGAACUUUUCGAAACGCUGGCAGCAGUUCAACAUCCUUGACAGUAUGCGGCGCUUCCAGCAAGUACAUUAUGAUCUCAAACACAACGAUGACAUCGUGUCCUUCUUCAACGACUUCAGUGACCAUCUUGCUGAGGAAGCUUUGUGGGAGCUCUCUCUCAAGAUAAAGCCACGGAACAUCACACGCCGCAAAACAGAGCGCGAGGAAAAGACGUAGGGCUUCGCUCUCCAGCAGAACUCUGUUAAAGUGGACACGCGAGAAGCAGCAUUUAAGGAGCGACCAUGACGGCAGCUAUGAGACUUGGGAACCGUACGACAUUUUCACAAGUUUACAGGAGUUUUGGGAGUGCACUGCGUCUUGACCUGUGAAUAUGCGAGGGAGAGUGCAGAACGCGGUGGAGGGGGUCAGUAAGGCCGUAUUAUCUGGACACAUGGCUCGACACACCUCCAGCCUGUGAUGUAAUUCCUGAGGAGGAGAAGAAUGGCUUUUUAUAAUUAAAAAAAAAAAUGCACAUAAACGAGUUUACGACGGACUUUAGAAGGAUUGUUGUGUCCCUAUUUUAGCAGCUUGCAUCAUUUGGCAUUAGGUCUUGGUAUCUAUAGACAGCUGAUAUAAACGAUUGGCAUGAUUUGAAAUUUCAACAGACUUGGCACUUUACAUCCAUGUACAAGCGUACACACACUUUCGCUCACGUUGCCCCGUUGAGACGAUGUAACUUCUUCUUGAACGGGUUUACCCAGUGCGAGUUGGACUGCUAACACUGUACUCGUGUCCCAUUUUAGGACUAACUAGUCGUUCGUUCUGAAUAAUAAAAAUGUAUGUACGCUGACUGUGAUGCACGCUGUCUGGAAACAAAAGGCUUCACACCACUUCACAUCAAGUCUUCCAGUUGUAUUUAUUUUUUUUUUAUGUCUACUUUUCAGAGAAAUAUAUCAUGUUGUCUUGUGAAUUGUAUAGUUGUGUGUGUAUUAGUCGUUGCAAAUACACUCUUCAGGUUUGAUUGUUUGUACAAAGUCAUUCAGAAAGAACGGUUGAGGCGUGUACGAGUCUUUUAUCUCUCUGUACGAUGGUUACGAUCCUGUCUAUUACAGUGUGCGUUCAUAACCUGAUACCAAGUGCCUAAAGCUGUUCAAAUGGUGCGGUGAUUUGUCAUUUUACUUGUGUAAUUUUUUUUUUUUAUGUUAAACAUUUUACACAGACACUUUCGGAGAAGCUGAUCGUAUUCUCUGCAUUUCAGCAGCGUGAAAAGUGUUCACGUGUGCACUUGAAACUGUUGGAACAAAAAGAUAACGGUUAUGAAAAGCUGUUACAUCAAGUACAGCCCUGUAUAGAAGACUGAAGGCGUUCUCGGAAGGUGGCGUGGGCCUUGUGAAUACUGGAAGGAGUCAUUUGUUAAAAGGAUUGAUGUGGAAUUAAAGUUCUAGUCAGCAAUCA